GCAGCGUUCAGACACAUUACUUCUUACCUAUCACAUGUUGAUUCGGACCUGAAAGCUGUUGCAACUGUGCAACAUUGACGUCGACGCGCUUGCUCUGGGGCGAUAAUGGAUGGAGCUUUAGGCAGACCCAGCGCAGCAUGUAGCUCUGCGUCGCUGCAGCUGCCGAGCCCUCGUUCGCGGUCGCGGGCUUCCUCUCCUUCGUCGCGCGCGGCAUCCCCUCUCCUUCAAACGCCGUGCUCCGCGAGGCCGGCCUGCAAUGCUCGCGUCGGUCAACGGCCCUCACUGUCUCGGGGCCGGGUCGCAGCAGCAGCAGCGCGCUACACGUCAGCGCCACUGCCCGCCUCUUUCGCAAAUACUCCACGGAGAACCAGUGAUAACAGUAUUCUAGCCAGCAUUUCAGCUCGGCAAGCGCAGUGGUCCAAUGCUGGCUCGGGUCCAGGCCUGCCCCAGACGGUGCUUCUGCACGUCUCGCAUUUGGCGGAGCAGGCAGUUGAAGUCGCCGAAAAGCCGGUCGUGACGGCAGUUGAGACAGCGGUCGGCGGGGCGCAGGCGGCUCAGGGCGCAGUGACGGGCUUUGUCAGCCACGUGCUCGCCCACUUUGCCGCGCUGGUGGCCCGCAUCCAGGCCGCGCUCGUGCAGCUGCUCACGUUCCGCCGCAACGAGCAGUUCAAGCUGCGCACUGGGACGCACGCGGGCGCCGGCGCGGCCGACGUCGCUGGCACGCGCACCCCGGUCGCUUUCGUGGCGCCGUCGAGUGGCACCCGGCGUGCCGUGGCCGGCGGCUCGCAGCAACAGCAACUCAUGCUCGUACCCGGGCAGAGGAGCGCAUUCAGCCAGCUUGGCAUCGCUGGCCCGGUGCUGGCGGUGUCGGCGGCCGCCGCGGCGCUGUAUGCAGGCAGCAUUAUGUGGCAGCGGUGGCGGGCCGGGGUGGAGCGGAAGCGUGAGGUGAAGCAGUACGCCGCCAUGCAGGAGCCAGCGCUGGCCCGUCAGAAGCAGCGCUUCCAGCGGGCGCUGGUGGUAGACAGCGUCAACCUGGAGCUGCCCGCCAUCAAGGAGAUGGACAUCCAGCCGGGCCCUGUGCAGGUGGAGAAGAUCAUCUCGCGCCAGCCAGGCGGCAAGGCGCAACAGGUCGCCAGCGCUGCCAGCAGCAGCAGCGGUACCAAGGCGCCCACCAUGGACACCGCCAGCCUGCGCCAGUGGCAGCAGUUCAUGGCGUGCUCUCGGACCACCGAGGUGCAGGACGAGCUGCGUGGCGGCGCACAGGCGGGUCGCGCCGGCUCCAGCGGCAGGGCGGCCGCCAACCUGGCCGCCAACCUGGCGCCACACGGGGCGCUGGGCGAUGCGGCGCUGAAGGACCUGUCGGAGCGCAUCCGGCGCGCGGGCGAGGGCGCCGCCAAGGAGGAGGCGCCCAUCGUCACCUUUGAGCAGCUGUACGCCAACAGCCGCGAGAGCGACGAGGAGGCAAUGGCGCGGCGGGCGGCGGAGCGGAAGGCGCGCUGGCAACAGCAGCAGCAAACUGCGCAGGAGAAGCAGCAGCCUGGCGGCAGUGGGCCAGCGGUGGGACGGGGUGUGGCCGGUGCGCCGGGACGACUUGGCGGAGCUGUGUCGCGCCCGGGCCUGACUGGCACUGGCAACGCGACCUCGGGUGCGGCUGCAGCUAGCAACGCGCAUGCGGCUGCCCGACAGGCGCAGGCGCCACUGCCGCGGAGCGCACUCGCGGCGGCGGGCUCGGCGGCGGCGCCAGCGGCACCACCCACCAAGAGGGAGCCGCUGCCAGUCGCCGCCAAGGACGAACUGUCUGCCAGCCUGGCGGCGCGCUCGGUGCGGGACAGCCACCUGCGCCCAGCCACUCUGGCCGCAGCCACCGCGUUGGCGUCAAACAACCCUUUCGCCGUUGGUCUGUUUGGCGACAGCAGCUCCUCGCCAUCCGCCUCCUCGCAGCUGGCCUCCAACAGCAAAGUGGCUGCCCGGCCCGAGCCGCAGGCGGGCCCGCGCAGCAAGGCUUUUGCGAGCGGUCCCGCCCCGGCAACGACUCCCGCUGCAGCACCCGGCGCGGCUGGUAGCAGUGACACCAGCUUUGGUGCCGCCAGGCCUGUCAACUCGCGGCUUGAGGUGUCGUUGGGCCGCAGUGCGCGGCCAUCGCCCAGCUCACCCCUCAUGCAAGGCACCACGGAGGCUGCGCAGCCUACAUCCGGCGUUGCCAGGUCUGCUCCUCCAGCGCCGGUUGUGGCAGUAAAGGCGCAGGUGCCCGCCGCGCCCGUUGCCCCCGCCCCGGCCGCCGAGCUGUCUGCAGUGCUGAGCCAGGAUCUGGAGGAGGUGGUCGCGGCCCCGGCGGUCAGCAUCAGCCCAAGCACCAGCAGCGGCGCCAGCCCCAGCCCCAGCAGCAGCCUUGCAGACUGCGCUGCGAGCACCAGCAGCGGCACUGGCAGCGCCCAAACCGUUCAGCCGCCGGGCCGCCGGGCCGCUCCCGAGGUGGGCGUGCUGGCGCUGGCGCUGGCGGGGCUGGCCAAGGAGCAGCUGGUGACGUCACUGGGGAGUGGCAGCAACAACAGCAGCCGCGACGAGGACGACGGGGCGGAGGGCGGCUCCCGGCGCGGCCGACGUGUAGCGGCGGGCGGCCCGCUCCGCACACCCGACACGCAGGCGCCUGGGCUCACGCGCCUGAUGCGCCGCCCCACCGGCUCGCCGCCGGUGUCCCCGGCAGCCAAGCAGGACACCGCUGUGGUGCUGUAAAACUAGCAUGUUUUCAUGGGGGUUGGGGGCGGUGUGUGUCUGCAGCGGUCCUAUGCAGGUAAUGCCGCUCUGUUGAUGGUCCUGGUGGUAUCAGGGCACGCGCCCUACGGAGUGGUGGGUUAAACAGGUGUGGUUGGGCGCGCUCUGACAUGCGCUGUGGUGAGCUACAGCUGCAUCCCGCGCCAUGCGCUCAUGCCACAUGCAGCUGAAGGCACUGCUGGGCGCGGGACAUGAUCGUGUUGUCGACAUGGGGCACCCCGUGCUGCAGUUUUGAGUGACGCUUUUGAGUGAAGGAGCGCAGCGUUGUGUGGAUCCGAUAAGGCCCUAGCGGGUGCUCAGCGGCCGGCACGGCUGAUGGAGCCUGCAUCCGGUGCAGUGGGCUUACUGUACUGGUCGAUAACAAGUUGUAAUGCGGUGACCAUUUCUUAUGGCGAGGUUGGGCUGUAACAGUAUUUAUGAUCCCGAUCAAUGGCACCCUGCUCACUGCGUCAACGUGCUAGCGGCCGUAGACGGGAAGAGGGCUAGGAACCAUGCGCCUACGUGCAAUCGGACCAAGUUGCCAUGCGCAUGGGGGAGGGUGGGGUGCUGCCCAUCUGCCAAGAGUGCCAACGACUACCGGUAUCACAGGUCCCUGACGCUUAGCUCGGCAAAGCGGCACGCCGCAGCUUGCGCCGCAGCCCCUUGGAGCCGUUGCAGAGUGCGUCUCAACACACGAAUGUGUGGUCCUUGACGUAGCUCCCCCGAGGUCCUGGUCUCAAGUUGGUUCGAACAGCUCGGGAGGGGCAGUAGCGGCGUGGCGUGCCAAUCCGC